UUUGUUUGUUAAACUCUCUCACUCUGAAGUAAAAUGGACCCUGAUCAGACUCGUGACUCAAUUAUGAUAAGCCAUGGCCUGUACUUAAUUUGAGCAGUUGUGUGUUUCUGUGGAAUGAUUGAUUGCCAUAUUGAUAACCACUGAUGUGAUGGGAAAAAUCAACGAAGAUCGAUUUUUGGAAGUUUUGUGAGAUUUUGUGGAAAUGAAGAUGGAUAACUUGAAUGAGAGGUUUAAAGGUUGCCAAAUGCAAUCUCCAAUAGUAAUAAUGAGGGCAGCGUCAUAACCGAGCCUUACGAAGUGCGUUAACGUUUAUGAACUUGUGAAUUGUGAUUAUCUAGACAGGAAUUCUUUCUUGCGGCUCGCCUACCAGGCAAUGAUGGGGAGGUGAAGGAGAUUGGAGAACAAACACACACAUGUGAUGCGAUGUGUUGUAUAGUGGUGGGGUAACGUGUGUACAUUUCACCACAUGGCGCAUACCUGCUGAUAAGUUCGUCGGAAAUUUGUUAAAAAAUACUCCCAACUCCCAAGGUUUCCAGCGUCAACGGAUUUGUCCAUCUUCAAACCCACGUGCAAUUGUUGUCGGUUUUUUGGUCUCUCGAUUAAUGUAAAAUAAGAUGUGUGAUAUGGAGAAAUAUUCAAAAUAUUCGAUUCUAACGCGAAUGUAGUGUUUGUUUUCGUUUAUAUUUAGAGAUUAUUUUAGCUAAGUGAGGUGUGCAAAAAACGUGUCAUAAUAGCGAUGAUUAAUGAGUACGAGCAAACAAUGCAAACUAAAAACUAACUAGGGCCGCACUUUCGAUGUCAAAUUGUGAUCCUUAUCUGUUCGAUGAAACUGAGUCGGAAACAACAUGGAAACCAACUCGAAUGGAUACAGAAUUGUUCGAUUUGACCGAAGAUAGAGAUCAAACCGAAACAUUGUUUCUUUACCGAUCAUUGACCAGUAUUCUAAAUAAACUGACGCUCGAAAACAUCUCCACAUUGAUAACCAAAUUGGAAAAUUUGCCAGUUAAUACUCCCAUCAAGAUGCAAAACGUUGUGAACAUGAUACAUGAAAAGGCAAUAAAUGAAGUUCAAUUUCGACCCGUUUAUGCGAAAGUCUGCAAUAAACUGAAAAAGAAACGAAUGGCGGAUGAAACAGGAACGUCGUCGAUAUCUUUUGCUUCAAUUUUAGCGAAUCGUUGUACAAGACAUUUCGAUAUCAGUUUAAACGAAGUUGUGCUGUUUGACAAACGAAAAUUUGAUAUCAGUUUAUUGAACUGCGAAGAAACGAGAAAAGCUGAGCUAGAUGAAUGUAUUGAAAAUGAAACUCGACAUUUCAAGCAAUGUGUUGGAAACUGCUGUUUCAUUGCAGAAUUAUUCAAGUUCAACAUAAUCCCUCGAGGUAUAUUGUUCCACAUUUUGGAACGUCUAUCGAAAUCCAGAAGAAGCAUAGCUAUGGAAUCCAUUUGUGCCAUUCUCAUUACCAUAGGAGAAUUUUAUGAAAGAAAAUUUGGAAAACUUCCUUCCGCAUAUUUUGGUAGAAUUGAAUCAACUGUAUUUCAAACUCCUAAUGAAUUACCGAUGCGAAUUCGAUUCAUGGCGCAAGACCUAUUCGAUUUGAAACAAAAUUCCUGGCAACCGAGAAAUCGUCGACUCGAAAUGAUUGAUGAACCAUUCACCCUUCAAAUCAAAGGGGAGGCGUUAGAAGAGUGUGCAUCUAGAAAUUCAGAAGAGGUGGAUCAGAAACCACUAAUACCACUUAAUGACGAAUCCACCGCUGCAACAGAACCGAAUCUUUUACAGGAACAGAUUGUUUUUGCUGAACGAAUAGCCAAAGAAAAAAGGGACCAAUCGAAUAAGGAAAAACCACAAAAUAUUUCCUCAAGUAACGUUCUUCGACCAUUAUUACGCCCCAACAAUCGCUUGGAUAUCAAGAACCAGACUAGACGUUCGAUUUUUCGUCGUCAUUCUUCGAACUCUUCACGAAAUCCUUCGACAUCGUCUUUUAUUCGUAAACCUUUGGCGCCUCCUACUUAUCGCCGUAUGUUGGACUACAUCAACGGUAAUACCGUUAAUAACAGGGGUUAUUAUCCGAAUUCCAACGAUUGGACUGAUAAUACGCGCCGUUUAGACCCACGAUUCAAUAGAACCAAAUCAAGAGUUCGUAUUCAUUCUACUGACAAAAGAUAACUGAUCGCUGUAGUUUUGAAAAUGAUAUCAUUUUCUAUGGUGUUCGUGUUCCUGAGUGCUGACCUGCCGACGACGUUUGUGAACAAUCAAGUUGUUCGUAGAAAUGAAGACGAAUUAUUCGUAAUUUUCUUGUCUAGAAGAAAAUAGUUCAAUUUUAUGUAAAUAGCAAAGGUUAGAGUCAUUUUUUUAUUAGUUCUAUUUUGUUUAAAUAAUUUUUAAAAUGGAAAAACCGUAAUUGAAGCUAAACGUUGAUCAAAUAAGCUCGUAUGGAAUAGACAUCAAGAAUUCGUAUUCAUCAACAUUGAAAUAUGGUCGAAGUCGAAGGUUGCAUUACUACCUACUUUAUGGACUUCGGUACAAGUUUGAUUAUUAUUGAUGAAUAAAUUAACGUUCCUUGUGUUUUUA